ACGGCAGAAGAAGAAUGGAGAGAGUCGCUAACGGCUGUUAGCGUGAAAACCUCAGCGGCAAGGAGAGCGCAGGAAAGCCUCACAUGAAUCUCCCCCAGCGCUCGGUUACAUUGGACCUGAGCGGAACACGGGCGGACUCCUGGUCGUGUGGAUUUGUCCCCGUGAAGGUCUCUACCUUCCUUGUGUGACAGAUGUCGAGGCCUAGCAACUGAUCGAGCUGAGAGGGCGAGGUCGGGGAGGCCCGCGGGUUGACAGCUCCAGCUUCUGGCCCAUGAGAGCGACUGUGCCAUCCAGGUGCCACCAGUAACCAGGGCUGUGGCUGCUGCGGUGGGCACGGCCCAGGAGGCCUUUUUUUGUGCGUCACUCGAGGCUCCCGCCGACCAGUGCUGCGGCACGCCAUGGAUCAACAAAGAGAGAAAUAUGGCGAUCGGACGACUAGAAGCACCAAAGCUAACCAGGGAAACCGGAGCGGACACCGACCGUCCGGCUCCUCGAACACCUCCGGCGUUCUCAUGGUGGGACCUAAUUUUCGCGUGGGGAAGAAGAUCGGUUGUGGAAACUUUGGGGAACUGAAGCUCGGUAAAAAUCUCUACACAAAUGAGUAUGUAGCCAUUAAACUGGAACCAGUGAAGUCGAGGGCCCCACAGCUACAUUUGGAGUACCGGUUCUACAAAAGUCUCGGGACCACAGCAGAGGGAGUACCGCAGGUGUUCUACUUCGGCCCCUGUGGGAAGUACAACGCCAUGGUUAUGGAGCUGCUAGGGCCGAGUCUAGAGGAUCUCUUUGACCUUUGCGACAGGACCUUUUCACUGAAGACUGUCUUGAUGAUUGCAAUUCAGCUGAUUUCUCGAAUGGAGUAUGUGCACUCUAAAAAUCUCAUCUACAGAGAUGUCAAGCCUGAAAACUUUCUCAUCGGAAGGCAAGGGAAUAAAAAGGAGCACAUCAUCCACAUCAUUGACUUUGGCCUAGCCAAAGAGUACAUCGACCCCGAGACCAAAAAACACAUUCCAUACCGGGAGCAUAAGAGCCUGACUGGUACUGCCAGAUACAUGUCCAUUAACACACACUUAGGCAAAGAGCAAAGCAGACGAGAUGACCUGGAGGCUUUAGGGCACAUGUUCAUGUAUUUUCUGCGUGGGAGUUUACCUUGGCAAGGACUAAAGGCUGACACAUUGAAAGAAAGAUACCAGAAGAUUGGUGAUACAAAACGAAACACUCCUAUUGAAGUCCUCUGUGAGAAUUUUCCAGAGGAAAUGGCCACCUAUUUGCGGUAUGUAAGGCGGUUAGACUUCUUCGAAAAGCCUGACUACGAAUAUCUGAGGACUCUAUUUACUGAGCUGUUUGAGAGAAAAGGAUACACGUUUGACUAUACUUACGACUGGGUUGGGAGGCAGAUACCCACGCCGGUGGGAUCUGUCCAUAUAGACUCUGGUGCCUCUGCGGUAACAAGAGAGAGCCAUCCUCACAGAGACCGGCCCUCGCAGCACGCGCCGGUUCGAAAUCAGACGGCAGGCUCAGACCGACGAGGAGCAUGGGAGGUGCAGCCCACGCGGCAAGCAAACUCUUCCUAUUUGACCUCCCACCUGGCAGCGGACAGGCACGGGGGCUCAGUACAGGUGGUCAGCUCAACCAACGGCGAGCUGAACGCAGACGACCCUCUGGCUCAAUCCAACACCCCGAUUACACCUCAGGCAGAUGUGGAAGUGGUCGACGAGCCCAACACACAAGUGAUCAACAACUGGAUGUUUCUACUGGAAAAAGAGAAAGACGACAACAGGAAGUUGCAGGAGGAUGAUAGUGGCCCGGUCUUUUAAUGCCUUAUCACAUGAACAAACUUACUCAGCGUCAGUUUAAUUGCGUUUAAUGAAAACGUCGCAUUGGCAAAAUUGUGUUUUGUCGAUUAUUAUUGGUACAUCAGCAAAGUUUUUUUGCACAUUUGUAAUGGAAAUGCAGCAAACAUAUUCCCAACACGUAACCAGUUGGAGCCAAUCGAGGAUUUUGUUCAACGAUGCAGAUUUUGAUCAAGAUGAAUGCAACCAUAUUCAUUUAUUCAUUUCAAACAUAUUCACAUUCACAAUUUAAACAGUAAAAUAUUUUUUUUGAUAUUUUUUUGAUAGUUUGUUUGGAAAGGAGGUAGGCAGAAGUGUAAACUUAUUUAAUCCUUUUUCCUAUGUAUGGCUAUUAUUCUUUACUUCAAGUAAGAAAAGAGAAAUAUUUACAGAAAAUAAACUAUUUAAUGAAAAUUAGACUGACAUACAGUGUCAGUCUAAUUUUCAAUGUCUAAUUUUCAACAGUCAAUGUUUCUUUUCAUUAUUAAAGAAAUGUUCAAUUUUUUUAUUAGCCUCAUCAUAUUGCUGUUGCAGGCAUCACCUGUCUUAGUUGAUGUGUAUUCUUUUGCUUUCUUGGAAAUUUGAACAGCAUUAAAUGUACUUCAUGUUACAGUGAACUAGAAGAUUGAUCACCUUUUAACAGAAGAGACAUAGAUGAGGGGAUUUUUCAGUCCUACUGAGCUGAUCACUCCUUUCUGAAUUACUGCCUUCAUUCUCAGGAGACAACAAUCAUGACCAAAAAACCUUCAGCAGAGGUUUCUCCCAUUUAUUCAGAUCGCAAGUCUCUCUGCUUUGCUCACGCAAGUCUUUAGCAUGAUGGCCGGCUUAUUUACGACAUUAUCAGAUGGUGUGUUUCUGGUCUGCGAUUAGAAACAACCCGUAAUAAAUGUAAACGUGGUGGCCGAAGCAGCUUAGCUUUGUCUUUUGAGCUAAUACCGUCUGUACUCAUGAAUAAUUGAAACGGCACGUAUGGAUGGCUUUUUGACGUUUUAUUUAUUCAUGAAGGAAAAUAUCAUGAAUGCAUAAAUAAUCUCACGUGGCUUUUGAGGCUGUUUUGAAAUGGCGGUUUCCAUUAGCGGUGCUUUGAUUUAGACAUUUCUGACAUUCUGAUCUUGAUGUCUAACAUUUAAUUUAAUUUUAAGAACCAUCAAAAUGACAUUGUAAACUUUAGACUGCUACUUUUCUAUGGUAGACUUAACCUUUCUGUUGAUUUUUAAGUCUACUGCCUAAACAGUAGCAUGCUUCUAUAGAAAAAAGUUUCGUAUUAAAUGUCUUUAUUUGUUUCUGUUUCAGACUUCCUGAACAACUCAGAUAUUGAAAAUAGCUAACUUUGAUUCUUCUUCUGUCAGUAGCGACUUCCACACUAAAAUCUAUUGUAAGCUAGUGCUGAUGUAGAGUGCGUUCACAAACCUGAAUGAAGCUAAUUUCUCAAGUAAUCUUUUAAUAAUUACACUUGAAUGUUGUUCUGAAAUAUGUUUUCAUGCCAUGUUUUCUGCUUCAUAGGCAGUGAUAAACGCUUUUAGAGGAAGUUUGUAUUUGUAUUUCUGCCGCUCACGAAACGGCGCCUCGAUGCAAAUGAUGCAUCUCUACUCCUCGGUGCUCUUGACUAUUUAUGCACUUUUUAAAAAAUAUAUCUUUAUUUAAUUAUUGUAUUGCAUAAACCAGUUUCCACGUUGACAUUAAAUGUUUUUUGUUUAAAAAAAAAAGUUAGUCCAAAAAGUCUAAUUUUGUUGAUCCUGUUUGAUUUGUAAAAGCAUAAAAACUGGUGGAUACUUUUCAUAGGCACUUUAGACACCAAAUAUGCAUUAAUACAGUGCUAGCUCUACCGCAGCAGCUAACAUCGACACUUUUCCUUCUCCUCGCUCCUGGGUGGACAGCCAAUCCUCGCCUAAGAAAAUGAAUGACGCUGGAUGGACUGCAUUUUCUUUUGAAUACUUUACCAAAACAAAAAAGAAAGAAAAAAAAACUAAAAUAGGUGGAUUUUCCACAAAUUAUCUGGAGUCAUGUUCCACAAAAAAAUAAGCCUGCGAAUACUGAAUCGCGACUGUUGUACUUUGUUUUUAAUAAAAAUCAGACCCAGGUUCGCCUCAUGCUUUACUGUGCAAGUGUGGAUCAUCUACAAUCUUCAUUUUUCGUUGGAUUCAAAACUUCUGCCUGUAACAGAAAAACUACAGCAUGUUUUCCUCUUGUGUUUAGAAAAAAAUUUAAAGAAAAAAAAUGGCCACAGCUAAACAAGGAAAACUAGAACUUGAUACCAUUUAGGAAAAAAAAUAUAUAUAUAUCCAUAUAUAUAUAUUUAUAAUAUAAUAUAUAUAAUGCUCAGAAUCAGGCUUCGUAACUUUCCAACUACUCUCUCAAACAUUUAGGA